AUGAAGUUGUCAUUAGUCUUAUGUGUAGUAUUAGUGUCAUUCAGUGUCUAUAGUAAUGGUGCCGAACAGACAAACUACGAGUACUACACGUCCGGUGGUAUCAAAUCGGGUCUGAGGGCCGACUCCGUAGACUUCACUCUCAACGGAAAGAAAAUCACUUUAUUUAGCGGUUCUUUGCAUUACUUCCGAUUACCCAAAGACUACUGGAAGGACAGGCUANCGACCUUUUUCAUUCCCAAUUUGACACACUUAUGGAGUCGACAUUUAAUGCAGAAUCUUCUGGUGAUAGCGUUGAUCAGG